GCCAGCAAACUACUACGAAAAUAUCAGUUCACACAAAAUUAGCAUUAAGCAAUAUGUCGGAUAAUUCAUUAAUAGACGUAUUAAAGGAUAUUACUACAAAUACAAUUAACAAUUCUGAUAAUUUUUUUGAAAAUUAUGAAUCAAUUUUACAAGAUGCUUUGUUAAUAGUGCAAGAACAACAUGCUACUAAUAAUGUCAAAUAG